AUGAAUCUUGGAGAUUUAGACGUCCAGUUGGUGCAUCACAGCCGCCCUCAGGUGCAACGAGUACUUACAUCAGAACGACCCGUCACUCCUCUCGAUGUCCGGCUCGAAGCAGAUCGCUCGCCCUCCUUCACCUCGACAGUCUCCGAUCCCACGACGAUCGUAAGAUGGCUCACUCCUCCAUCUCGAGCAUACACACCACAGCCACAGAGAAGUGAGGAUACCCUUCGCAGCGAAGCUACAAUCAUACCAGACGACUACCGACAUUCGAUUGGGGCAAAUGAUCGAGCAUAUGCGUCCGAAACUCCCCUGGUUGUGCGAUUCGACGAGGAGCAGAUCAGGAGCAUCGAGGCUGAAGCUUCGAAGCGGGAAGGGAAGAUGGAUGCACUGUCAAUGGAUUCAAGUCCGCCAACACCAGUCGACGACACGCCAUAUAUCCGAUUCGCAAUUGAUCAGUUGACUCGAGACCAGGAUAUUCGGCCUCUACAGCGACAUUCGUCGCCUGCAAGUUCCGAAUCCUACCCUGUCGAGCGACUGGUAUCAGAUAAUGGGCUGGGAUAUAUGAGUGCAGAGCAGGAAAGAGAAGCGAUGAGACUUGUCAGGAAGCAUCGUUCAUCACCCGCCGAAGGACGUCUCUUUGCUUUCAACGCUACCAGGCCACUCUCUGUCCACUCCCAGCCCUCACAAUUGAACCUCGCUCCUAGACGACCAUCCGAUCCCGAAAUAUUCCUUCCAGUCGAAUUGGCAAACAAUACUUUCCGCCACCCCGACCUCACAUUCGUUCCCACGAUUUUACGACCCAUCUCAAUGAUCACGCUCUCAUGUUUAUGCCUCUUAAUGACAGCCGCGCUCAUGUUCUGCGCCAUUUUCUCGACGUACCAUGAUGGUCUUACCGAGUGGAUUGCUGGUAUAUAUGGAGGCCGAUAUUUCGUCUUCUCAUUCCUACCGCAAAUUGUGGCCGCCUGCGUGUUUCUGUACGUACAAUGUGUUAUGGGUGCUAUUACAAGAAUAAUGCCGUAUACGAUGAUGGCAAUGCAUGAUGCCGAGAGUCGCGCGAAUGCUCUAUUCCUCGGUGUUUUCCCUCGAACGAUGUUAUGGCCUAAAUGGGACGGGCCCAUCAGUCUCGACAUUGCGAACUCGUUCUUUUGGUUGUCAAUUUUUACGAUUCCAUUGCAAGGGUGUUUGUUCUCCGUCAUUAAUGUUGAUGGAGUCUGGAAGUGGACUGCUGUCCAGGGCGUCGCCUGGACGCUUGUAGCCAUUUAUCUCCUAAUGAUGCUCGCGGGAGCCAUCACAGCGUUGUUUUUCUUCAGGAGGAACACGGGUGUAAUGUGGGAUCCUCGGUCUUUAGCCGAUGUUAUUGCGUUGUUACCCAGGAGUAAUUGCUUGAGAGAUUAUCCUGGUACGGACAUUAUGAGAAACAAGGAGGAUAUCCGACACAAGUUGGCGCUUCGAAGCGACCGAUUGGGAUAUUGGAGGACGCCAAAUCGAGAGCGAGGAAUCUUCUACUGUAUUGGUGAAGAAGGAGCUUCAACCCGACAAUACACUUUGCAAGCCGGGAAGAUUCACGAGAAGCCCGAGACAGCAUGGGAUGUUGAGAAAGCGGAACUCUAUAGUACCGACACACGAUUCCGAUAUAUCCCUUGGUUCCUCAAAGAUACGUUCGUUAUCUUUUGGGCCGUUGCAGCAUUCAUCUUCCUCCUGGCGUUAUUCAUCCUCUCAUUUUUACCUUCCACCGCCAUCCGGAGGGGAUUUCCGCCUCUGGUGUCUGUAUUACCAGAUUCGGCUGGGUAUUCUCCAGCAAACUUCUUGUACAGUUUUAUACCCUCUGUUAUCGGCAUGCUGCUUUAUCUGUUUUUCCAGCCUCUCGACAUGGCACUCCGAGUCUUGCAACCUUGGGUCGAACUCGGACGACCAGCUGGCGCGACGGCGGAGAAUUCGCUUCUCCUCGACUAUCCGGCCUCGCUACCAGUCGCAUGCAGUCUCAAAGCAUUGAGUAACAGCCACUAUCGUGUAGCUUUAAUGUCCCUCCUUUCCACACUAUUCAUCUUGAUCCCUGUACUCGCCGGCGGAAUCUUCUUCCCACUCGUUAAUCCCGCCAUGGAGAUUCGCAUGAUCCCGAAUCUACCAUCCUUCUACAUCAUUCUCGCGCUCCUCAUCCUCUACCUGCUCGCCCUCCUCCUACUCAUCCCCAAUCGCUACCAAAUGCAGCUCCCGCACGGCGUCUCCUGUCUCGCGGAGAUCUUCAGCUUUGUGCAUGCCAGUCGGAUUCUUGAUGAUUCGGCUUUCCAUGAGCCGAAAUCCAAGAGCGAUCUUGUUACUAGGCUGAUGGGUGAGAAGACGAGGGGCCCGCUCAACAAAAGGGGUGAGAGAAAUAGGUUUGCGUUUGGGGUCUAUAUGGGGAGAGCUGGGGCAGAGUGUUUGGGCGUGGGGAGACUGGGGAGAAGAGGGGCGCAGGAGGUGGUUAUUUUGGGUGGGAGAUGA